AUGGCAGCCGCAAACCCUCCAAUCCGCUCCACCUGUCACUGUGGUGCUAUUGCAAUCAUAGUUCCACGAUUGCCCGAAUAUAUUAACGUCUGCCAAUGUACCAUAUGUAGGCGUUAUGGUGCCGCAUGGGGCUACUACCACCCAGACGAGGUCAAGAUCGAAACGAAGCCAGGGGCAAUCACCAAGCAGUACAUCUGGGGAGACCGAGACCUAUCUUUCAACUUCUGUGACAAUUGUGGAUGCGUAUGCUAUUGGUGGCCGUUGCGGCCUCCCGCGACAGAUGGAGGAGAAUAUCUAAUGGGCCUCAACACAAACAAUGUCAAUCCGGAGGCGUUGAAAUAUGUCGAUCGGAAGUUUGAGUAUUCAGUCCUGAAGAGCCCGGUGCGAUCUAAAGACACUGCACACCCCGAGGACCUGGCGACCUAUUGA